AUGCUCUGUCAUGCUGCUGGCGAACAAGGCGACGACGAUGCUUCCGACGAGAACCAACACACCCCAAACGGGCUGAUGGGCGGGUUGUCGAAUGGACCUGGAGCGACACCCUCAGCCUAUUCAACACAGACGCCUCACGCGCCUAGUCACCUCCGCCCCGAUCCAGGGGCUCCGAGUGAGGUCACUAUCGACGACUAUCCCUUGGUCAAGGAUAGAGCAAUUGAUCCCAUCCUCCUUGUUCAGCUAUUACGACAUUAUGCCGACAAUUAUCACCAUUUCUUCCCCAUCGUCCCAACAGACGUGUUGCGACCCGAAUACAUCCUCGACACGAUAAGAGACGAAUCUUUCCUACUAACUGCCAUCCUUGUCGUGGCCUCAAAAGAUCGUCCCGAUCUCGCAGAUAUACACAAGGCCAUAUGGGAUCAUAUGCGAGGGCUUAUACUUAACGUCGUCCUAGGCAUGGCCAAUGUCCGCAAGGUCGGCACCGUGGAGGGGCUCUUGCUCAUGGGUGAAUGGACCUUGCACAAUCAGAGCGAAGUCGACGAUGGAGAUGAAGCGUCAGCGUGGUCGAUAGUUGGUCUUGCUGUGAGGCUUGCGUAUCUACUACGCUUGGAGGACAGGGGAUUCAAAGGAAACGACGCCGACCUCGAUUCGGUCCAUCGCGAGCGGUUGGCCUGGACUUUCACCUAUCUCUCAGAUCGCCAAAUAUCGAUCCGCAUGGGUCAAGCCUUCUGGUGCAGAGGCCCAGCUCUAUCAGCGCGCUUCAUGGCCCAUGACUUUCCAGCUCUACAACCCCGGCGGGCCCGUGAUGAGGAUUUUGCCUCGUUCAUCCAGGCGCAAGUUGAGCUGACAACACUGUUUGGAAAUGCCCACGAUAUCCUCUUCGCCUCGAGGUCACGGACCGCCGAACUCAUGACGCGAGGCGACUACACGAAAUACGUCGACGACGCGACAAAAGCUAUGCACGCGUGGCAACUCGCGUGGACAUCGCUCGCCGUUUCGCCACAUCUCAAGAGCUGUCUGAGCCUCAUGCAAGAAUACCUCAGGCUCUACGUCAACGCGUUCGCUUUUCAGGCCGUCAUAUACCGUGCAUCUGUUACCGACACCAAUUCCGAUCCAUCAAAUGGAUCUAGGCCAUCAGUCAUCUUUCCCGACUCGGCCAUGGCAAGCCCUGAUGCCCGGCAUAUAUACGAAGCUGCAGAUGCGGCAGAGGCUUUGAUUCGGAUCGUAACGGACGAUAUCGAUCCGGUGAAGCAUCUGUGUUACAUGCCAGCGCGCUUUUAUCUAUAUGAGAUUCACUCUUCCGUCUUCCUUUACAAGGCCCAUGCGUGCGGGGCCAUUUCCUCGGGCAAGCACGUCCACACAGCGUCCCUCAUGGAACGCUUCAUCUCCGUCCUCAAAACCGCCGCUGUCGACGAGAGCCACAUCGCGGCGAGAUACGCGAGACUAUUAGACAGACUAUGGUUCCGCCGGGCGCACAGACUCGCCAGCGUCGACGACUCACAGAGCUCGAACCCGGAGCUGAGGAAUCCGGGUGUGGUGGUGGACACACUAUCGACUCUAGCUGAUCUCAAUGGAGGCCAGAUGCCGCUCUUCGAUGACCUCGGCUUGCAGCCAUUCGACUGCACUGAUACCAUGGAUGGACUAUUUGCCAUGCCUUCGGUGGUAUCAUGGGAUCCUUCGAGUUUCUUGAACACCAUGGCUUGA